AUGACAGCAAAAUCGGCCGUUGAUACGUGUCUUGAUGUCAUCAGAAUAAUAGCCGAAGCGAGGCGUCUCGAGAAAUGGCCUGAUCAAGAGCUUGAAGUUCAGCAACAACUCGUGAAAGGGCAUCCGGUUUCGAUCGUUGUACAAACGGCCCACCAGCAGUGCGGCGCGGUGUGCGCCAAGGCGCGCUUGCUGGAAAUCUGGACCAUCAAGCGGGAGAUCGGCGAGGAAGCCGCCGGGGGUAUGGAUCCGUUCUUCCUGCUCAGCGCCGUUCGGUCUCAACUUCACUUUUCCCCGCUGCAUUCCUGGCAAACUGGAAGUCAGAUACCGCCAGGCGUCGGCGUCAUUUCCAGCCUAAAAAUGACUGUUUCUUCUCAACAGGAGACCCUGGCUUUAUUGCCCGAGCUUCAUGCUUUUCCACCAUCGAAGCGGAGUGAUGGCUACCGGUGUUCUGUUUCACUACGAUUCCUAAGGGCCCCGGCUUUACCAACGCCGAUUACAGCAGCACAUCGGGAAGUCCUGCUAGUUCGCCACUCGACGCACCGGUUUUUCCAGUGGAAGCAUUGCAAACACUAUCAAGGCCAUGCAGCCUACAGCGUGCCAACGACGGUGUUUUGCCCAGAUUCGCUUGAGACGCCGCGAAUUCUGUUUUCGGAUUCUCUGGAAGCUACAUCCCCGCAGCCGCUGUCAUCACCGCUGUCGCGUUUCCUACAGGACACCAGCAAGAUGAUGGACGGUAAAGAGGAACAACGAACUGGUCGCAGCAUUCAACGCUCAAAGAUGUUUAAUCGGAUGGGCCUGCCAACCUAUUCCAGCCCUGCCCCACCGGUCGAGCUGAAGCGGCGACGAUUGAGGAGUGGUACCAGCAUCUGCCUGGAUUCUACAAAUUCGAAUGAGCCAGACGAAGAUUGCCCCCGCCUUGCCUCCAGCGCCCCGAGCAGCAAGAGUCUUUUGUGUAAUUUUGAGGAAAGUGCGUUGCAUGGCCGUCUCGAUCCUUUGGCCGAGGUGGGAGGCUUCAUUUGCCACCUUGUCGUCUCAAACGGGCCACUACCAUCCGUGGAUCUACGACUACCCGUCCGUGCCUGUUAUUUUGAGAACGACUCGGACACGGCGGCACCUUCACCAUAUUUGGGAAUUUGCUCGUUGGAAAGUAUCUCGAAGCGUGGCAUUCGCAUCCCGCCGGCCGGGACACUCCAAGUGACGCUUCUAAAUCCACAGGGGACCGUCGUCCGCAUCUUCGUCCAACGGUACGACUUCACAGAUAUGGCACCCCGGUCGACGACCUUCCUGCGCCAGCGCACCUUCUUCAUGAAGGAGGGCGACAAGCAGAAAUGGUUGCGCUAUCUCGUCCACUUCAAGAUUCGUAGCGAUAAGCAGGGCGGCAUCCGGUUGCACAGCGAUCUACGCAUGCUUUUCGCUCCGAAUAACACUAUUGACGCUUUAAAUAUUGAGCGCACCGAAGACGACCGCUACGUGCUGAAGACGUUCACCGAAACGCCGCGGCCCACCACAUCUUCUUCUAGCCGAAAUGAU